AUGCGUGCCCUUGGUGCUGCAGCAGCAGUUCGACGACUCGCCACGAUGCCGCCAGCACCGGUAGCACCGCCGCUCACGACCGUGCUUACACCCCUGCCAAAGGGGACAGGCCCCGAUUUCCCAGCCUCGGAUCUGGUGACCGGGGGUCCAGCGCUGGUCUUCGCCAUUCGCAUGUGCCGGAAGGCCUGGGAUCUGCCGUGUCCGACUCAUGUCGGAGGCCAAGGAGGCGGCCUCCCACAUGGCUCCUGCGGUUGCACUGAUGAGUUCAAAGCUGCUGGCGCCACUCGCGUGGUUGCUCUGGUGAAAGAAGACCUGGAGAAUGAGGUCAAAGAGUUCCGUGAAGGCUUUUGGCCUGGCGAGGUGCUCAUGGACUCGGAGCAUAAAUUCUACAAGGCCUUGGGCGGCGGUGAGACCCACCAGCCGUUGGGACUGCUCUCUUUUCUGGGCAUGAUGUUGAACCCGUUCAGCUCGAGCAAGACGAAGGCCAACAUCAAGAACACGACAACGCCUGGGAAUAUGAAGGGCGAGGGCUUCAUUGCUGGUGGUUGCUACGUCUUGAACAAAGACGGGACGCCUGCCUUCAGCCACCUCGAGGAGAAUUUGGGAGACCACGCCAAGCCAGAGGCCUGUUUGACUAGGACAUUGUGGCAGCCCUGCAAGCUGCUUCGAAGAUGUAAGCUCCAGCUUAGAACGGACGUCGGUGUGCACGCAGCAAGCAGGAAUGGCUCAGGAAAAGGAUGUUCUGCCGUGAUGGUGAACUGGGAGGAUUUGCACUCAAUGAAUGACGCAGUUCAGCUAAGCUUGACCCAAAGGGUGGAUGUCAUGGAACAUGGCGAAGAUGGUGACGCGUUGCCUCAAGGAGAUGGUUCAUCCUUGUCCGAAGGCUCCGAAGACUCGAUAUCGAAUGGCCCGGAAGCCAACCCUUUCAUUGAGAGCUGGAUCCAAAUCCUGAUGCAGAUGCGAGUUACCAGUCCCCAGGUUCAGCGAGGGAUCCCAGUAUAUCGAGCCUUACAGGAAGCACCUCUAAAGUGGGCCCGCAACGAGCUUGGCGAGAUCCAUGCUCUGACCCGGACCACGUCGCAGUUUCAUGAGUUCUGGUCCCACAGCUGGCGCACCAAGGCAUGGUUGAAAUAUAUCAACAUCCUGUUCUUGAACAACGGCUUGCCGGCCUUCGUCAUUGGCACUCUCUUCGCCCUCACAGCUUUCUUCCUGAGCUUCACAGGGCUGUUGCCAGUUUGGGCAGGUAACGAAACGGGAUACGUCUGGUGCACUCCUGCUGGGAUCUUCGGCUACUAUCUGACCUUGCUGUUCUGGAGGUCAAGGAAGUUGGCGUUUCUUGAUAUCGCCUGCAUAAAUCAGAGCGAUGGCCGAAUGAAGGCGGAGGCCCUUGUCAGCAUGGGCGCUUUCCUGAAGGAAUCCCAGUCACUCCUGGUUCUCUGGGAUGCCACGUAUGUCACAAGGCUGUGGUGCGUCUUUGAGCUCGGAGCGUUUCUUCACAGCAAGGGGCCCGAGGCCAAAGCAGCGAAGUGCCUUCAGGUCUGCCCGGUUUUUGUCGGCCCGGCUUUUUUGGCCGGUCAUCUGGGCUUCAGUGUGCUCCUCCUGGUCUUCCUUAUCUCCCAGGUGCAGCUCUUUCCGUGGGGUGGGCUUUUACUCGGUGGCCUCGCCUUCCCGUGCUUGGUGCAGCUGGCGGACUUGGUUCUCGCACACUGCCGGAGCAUCGAGGUGAUGCAACAUCAGGUCCGAGAUUUUACCAUUGAGCAGUCCAAGUCUGCUUGCUGUUCCUGUGGUCAUGUCGAUGCCAAUGGUGGACCGAUGCUGUGCGACCGGAGAAUAAUUCUUCGCUGCAUUUCCGCCUGGUUUGGAUCUAAAGAGAAGUUCGAGUCUGUGGUGCGAGGUCAGGUUCUGCAAGUUCUGGUCCAUCAACUUGCAAAUCGUGUCUUCUCGUACUGGCGCAUCGUUCAGAUCACAGCACCUGCUGGUUGGGCAGUACUUGAUAUUUGGUGCGACAAUUUCAAACGUGGUAGCGUCAGUGUCGAUAAAGUUCCAGGCAUUCCGACUCCGAUGGAGGUGCUGAACAUGGUCUACAGCAUCAUCUUCUUUAAUUUCAUGCUGCUGCCCAUGGGGGCUUUGAUUCUGCUUAGAUUGGCCUACGCAGCACGUCAUGUAGGAGAAAGGCGGUGCACGCAGAUACUCCUCUCCCUGGGGCUUGUGAAGGUAGGGACAUUGCUUGCCGUUGUAUGUAUGGUGCUGGAAAUAAUCACUGCCGACCUCCUGGGCGGGCGACAAGAGAGCCCUGUGUAUGCGAUCGUCAUUCUGUCUACCAUGGGCUUGCUCACUCUUUUCUGCUGGCGAUGUCUUCCUGCGAUCAAGGUGUCAGUUCCAGAUGUCAGCCGUCAAGUUGGCCAGUGCUCAGACAUCCCGGUCCCUGAAUGCUAA